AUGGCCCCGGUCAGCAUCCCAACAAUCACUCCUCCGCCCCCAGGAUUGGCCCCGAACCGGAACCACGCGCGCUUCCGAACGACAAACCUCAUCAUCGCUACCGUGGGCAUGUCCCUCUGUACGAUUUUCUUAGCGAUGCGCAUAUACACCAAGGCGCAUUUGCUGCAUCGGUUUUGGUUGGAUGAUGUAUUCAUUAUCAUCGCGUGGAUUUUCUCGUUGGCGACGCAGAUUCUUAUCCUCUGGGCGUACUGGCACGCCGGCUACGGUCUGCACGCCUGGGACUUUACAGUCCCCCUCCUGACAAAAUUCAUGAAGGCCCUCGUUUCCUCCGCAAUCCUCUACAUCCCCUGCCUGGCCCUCGCCAAACUCGCCCUCCUCCUCCUCCUCUACCACUCAAUCCUCUCCCCAACCACACCAACAAAAACACCGUUAUACCUCCUCUACACCAUCGGCGGAAUAAUAAUUGCCUACAGCAUCGCACUGAUCCUCGCCCUAAUCUUCGCCUGCCACCCGAUGGCGCGCGCCUGGGACGCAAGCGUCAUGCAUGGAAAUUGCAUAAAUCGGAAUGCCGUGUAUCUGGCAACGGCGGUCACGAAUACAGCGAGCGAUGUUGUGCUUUUAGGGGUGGCCAUUUGGAUUGUUAGCCGGUUGCGCAUGAGUAAGGGGAUUUGGGUCCGUGUGGGCGUGUUGUGUCUUUUUGGGGUUGGCGGGGUGACAACCGCAAUGAGCAUAGUCCGCGCCGCAACGCUCAUGCCGCAGCUUACAUCGCCGGACAAAACCUACGGGCUUGCGGAGGCGAGUAUCUACAUGUACGUCAAGACCAUUUGCGCUCUCACUGGCUGA